CAAUGGCCAUUACUCCAUACUCAUACUCCUUGACCUUUCCACUGCCUUUGACACAGUCGACCACCCGCUCCUCAUCAGCAAACUCCACUUGAUCGGCCUCCAUGACUCUGCUCUCUCCUGGUUCUCCUCUUACCUUUCUCAGCGCACUUUCAGUGUCACCUAUCAGUGCCAGUCCGUGCCGCCUAUCAGUGCCAGUCAGUGCGCCUAUCAAUGCCAGUCAGUGCAGCCUAUCAGUGCCCGUCAGUGCUGCCUAUCAGUGCCAGUCAGUGGCACAUAAAAGUGCCAGUCAGUGCCGCCUAUCAGUGCCAGUCAGUACCACCUAUCAGUGCCACCUAUCAGUGCCAUAUACGAAUGCCGCCUUCCAGUGCCCAUAAGUGAUGCCUGCCAAUGCCCAUCAGUGCCACCUACCAGUGCCUCCUCAUCAGUG